AUGAACUGGCAUUUCAACCUUACCAUCCUAGGCUGUCUUUGCUUUAAUCUGUAAGCUGUGUAACCCAUUCAAACAGGGCACCUUGUGGUUCAUCCAGGUGUGAUCUCCAAGAACUCUAGCUCAUCCUUCUCCGCUCCACGAAGCUCCAUAUGGCCUCAGCCUGGUCUGCAGAGGAGACCUUUGUCUGCUCGGUAUGCCUGGACACCCUGACGGACCCUGCCACUCUACCGUGUGGACAUUCAUACUGCUUGGCUUGUAUCAAGAGCCACUGGGACAAGGCAAACAGCAAGGGUCAGUACAGCUGCCCCCAGUGUAGGCAGGUCUUUAGCCCUCGACCUUCGCUGGCCAAGAGCACUGUGCUAGUAGAGGCUAUGGAGAAACUGAGAACCAACAGCCUCAAACAAAGCUCUUCUACAGCUGUCUCCUCUGACUCACCUACGAUGCCAAUCUACCUUGAGGUCUUACCAGAUACAGGGCCACAGCGACAGGGCAGCAUCUACCCUCAGCUUCCCACAGUGGACUACAGACCCUGCCCUCAACACAACCGUCCCCUGGACCUGUUUUGCCAUGAAGACAAGGAGUGUGUGUGUGAGGUGUGUUGCCAGCAUGAACACAAGGGGCACCGUGUGCUCAGACCGCAGGAAGAGAGGAGGGAGAGACAGAAGGAGCUUGUUCAGAUGCAGGCAGAUGUACAGAAGAGAAUCAAAGACACUGAAAAGAAGCUUAAUGAGAUCCCACAUGUUGCUCGCCAACACAAGGCCUUGGUACAGGCUCUACAGCAAGAGACCACACACUUAUUCUCGGAUCUUGUCAAGAACGUGAACCUAACAGGUUCCGAGGUUGGUGAUCUCCUCGGCAGCCAUGAGAACUCCUUAGGCAGCCAGGUUGAGGGGCAGAUCAACGGACUAGAGCAGGAGGUGGCAGGGCUGCGCUGGAAGAGUGCAGAGCUGAGCAGGCUGGCUGACAUGCAGGACCACAUCUGCUUCCUGAAGAAUUUCCUCAUCAUGGAGCCACUGGGCCAGACAGGUGCCACAGGAGCGUCAGGACUGAGUCAGGAAGCGGUAGUAGCCUCCAUCCGCUCUGCCACGAAAGAACUACAAAAGUCAAUACAGGACCUCUGCAAAGCCAGCCUGGCCAAGAUCAUCACAAUACUGAAUCAAGACCCUGCAGCUCCAACACCCAAUGGUGUAGCAGCAGCAAGCACUACAGCAGCCAAUAACAGUGGUCAGGACACUACACAAAACACAGUGUAUGAGACGACGACAGACACUCCACCUCUGCCACCUCCACGACUUCAAGGCCAUGAGGAUUCAUUCCAAUCUCCACCUCUACAUCCUGCGUGUGUUACUGCUUCAGCGCCCCCUCCACCCUUCCCUCCUCCUCAACCUCAAGCACCUCCUGUAACAACAACAAUGGGACCUGUUAAAAUGGAGCCAGAGACAAGAGAAGAGUUGCUGAAAUUUCGCUUUGAACCCACCAUGGAUCCCAACACGGUGUAUCGGCAUGUGCAGCUGUCAGAUGGAGGUCGUAAGGCCACAAUGCGGGCUGAGAACCUGAACCCUCCUGACCACCCUGAACGCUUCCACUUCUGGAGGCAGGUUCUGUGCAGAGAGCCUCUGGCAGGGAGCCCUUACUACUGGGAGGUGGAGUGGACUGGCCAGAAGAUCACCAUCGGCGUGGCCUACAAGGAGAUGGAACGUAAAGGUUCUGAUGACAAAAGCCGUUUGGGCCACAAUGCUCUGUCCUGGAGCUUGUACUGGUCUGGGAAUGGCUUCUCCUUCUGGCACGAUGGCCAGGAAAAACCUCUGGGUGCAUCUAAGGCCCGGAGGAUCGGCGUCUAUCUGGACCAGCAUGCAGGGAUUCUGGCCUUUUACCGCAUCGCCAACAACCAGGCCCAUCUUAUUCACCGGCACAAGACCCAGUUCACUGGCCCACUGUACCCAGGGAUCAGGUUCUGGGCAGGAGUAGGGGCAACAGUUACUGUUUGCCAGUUGGAUUGAGUAUGAAUGAUGAAUGAUGAUGUUGUUUUUUUUGUUGUUGAUAUAACCUGCUUGUCUGGUUGGAAGCAUGUGACAUUUAGGAAGUAAAUGUGUUCUUCAUCUGGAUACCCCUCUGGCAAGGAAAUAAAACUGUUCAUGAA